AUGUGCAAAAGGAUAUCACCUUUAAAUGUGGGAAAGGAAAAAAAGGUUGUUUAUUUUGCCAUCUUCUGUGCUAUCAAAGAAGGGCAUUAUAAGUUUGUUGAAAAAGUCCUAGAUGCAGAUCCAUAUGUUAUAUGGGGUCGUGAUAAAGAUGGGAUCACCGUAUUCCAACAAGCUGUCCUAUGUCGUGAAGCAAAAAUCUUUAGCCUUCUACAUGGGCGUGCCGUGAAGGAUUCUGUGAUGUAUAUUACAGAUAACUUCUGCAAUAACGUAUUACACAUGGCAGGGAAGUUACCAUCUUCCAUUCGGUUUAAACACAUUCAGGGCGCAGUUCUGAAGAUGCAAAGCGAACUACAAUGGUUUAAGGAACUGAAGCAAAUUGUCCAUCCCAAGACGAGGGAAGAAAGAAACAAAAGUGGUUUGACUCCACAAGAAUUGUUUACGAGAGAACACAUUGACAUGAAGAAUGAGGGAGAGAAAUGGAUGAAGGAGACAGCAACUUCUUGUACAGUGGUUGCUACUUUCAUUGUUACCAUUAUGUUUGCUGCAGCCUUUACCGUUCCAGGUGGUAACGACCAAAAUACAGGCCUACCAACCUUCCUAAAUGAAAAUUUGUUUAUGCUCUUUAUAGUAGCCGACGCUCUUUCACUCUUUUCUUCCUCAACUUCGGUGUUAAUGUUUUUGGGAAUCCUCACUUCACGUUAUGAAGAAGAAGAUUUUCUUUUCUCCUUGCCUAGAAAGAUGAUAAUAGGCCUUUCCACCCUUUUCUUAUCUAUUGGAACCAUGAUGAUAGCCUUUUCUGCUGCUCUUUUCCUUAUGCUGCGUGGACAACCAUGGAUUUUCCCCCCUGUCAUUUGUUUUGCUAGUGUUCCUGUCACCCUUUUUGGAAUCAUGCAAUUCCCACUUCUUGUUGACAUGUUUAAAUCAACUUACGUAUCUAGCAUCUUCGAUCCGAAAAUUAAAUAUUGGUCAUAA